CACCAUCUGCUUGGCAAGUCAAGUUGGAUCGCUGGGCGAGUGACUGGUAUUGAGGCUAUCUACACCAUCUUGACGAUUUCAAGUGAGCUUGGGGUGUCUCCCAGCCUCUGGCACCGUGACUGGGAUACUCCACACCGCCUUCGUGUCGGCUACAAAGCCUCGUGCCCUACAUUCAUGCCACCCGCCACAUUCGAUUCUUUCAUAAUAACCCUAUCGCCACAAACGCCCAAGAGCACUUGGCGACGCGCGAUCCGUGUUGAUCGCUCACUCAGCACCAUUAUUAUUACAUCUACGCUCCCCUUUGUCAUCUCAUGGCCUUUCUUGGACGACCAUCAGGAGGCGAUUCUCCAUUCGCCAUCGGCGACAGAGCACUAAGAGAUCAUUCGUCUCCUCAACCCCCUGCUCAACGAAAUCCUACGCCCAGGAAGAAUCCGGGUCAACGCGCUUCGGUCGACGGACAUCCAGCUGGAGCCGGUCCCGGAGGAGCAGGUAGUGGUGGUGGUGGUGGAGGAGGUGGUGGUGGUGCAGCAUUCAUGGCCACCCCUAGUCCUUAUGGGAGCGUGAGUGACGAAGCGAGAAGGAGGUACGAAGAGCGAUACGCAAAGAAAAAGGCAGAGGAAGCUGCAAAGGCCGAAGCAGAAGCUAGAGAAGCGGAAGAGAAGGAACGUCAGGCUCAGGCAGCUGCGCAGAGACCACAGGGAGGUCAACAAGGGUAUGGUGGACCUCCUCAGGGCUUCAAUGGACCUCCUCAACAAUUUUUCGAUCCGCCUCCUCGUCAGUCCUCAGGGUAUGGACAACUUCCUCCUCCGCAGCAGCAGCAGCAGCAACAAUCCUAUCACAACGGUCAACGUCCUCCUUCUCUUCAACCUAACCCUGGACCAUACUCUCCAAAUCUCCAACAGCCACCUCAGCGAUGGUCAAACCCGAAUCUGCCCGGCGGAGGUGGACUCUCACCUCAGCCCCAACAGGCUGGUUUCGGAGGAUCACAAGGACAUGGCAGCAGACCCUCUUCCAAUCAAGGACACGGAUAUGGAGGCUCUCAGCAGGGACAUGGAGGACCAGGGUACGGAGGAUCGCAUCAAGGAGGUCACAAUCCACCUCCAGCUGGGCGCAUGCAAUGGUCAGCGAAUGCUGUCCCUCCUCCGAGCCAACAGUGGAAUCCUCAACCCAAGUCACCUCCUCCACCUCCGCCUCCCAUCGCUGAGCCGCCACGAGCUGAAGAUGCCGUGCUUAGGACUCUCUUCUCUCAAUUCGACUCGUCUCGUUCCGGCUCGCUCAAUUCGUAUGAUCUCGAGAGACUGUUGGCGAAGGACGAGACGAUGGAAGCCAGGGAAGACUGUGUGAAAAUGCUCAUGAAUAUCUUUGAUACGGAUAGAUCUGGCAGUAUCAACUUUCAAGAAUUUGAGGGUCUGUACAGAUACAUCCAGGACUGGCACGGCAUCUUCCUCCGCUUUGAUCGUGAUGGUUCAGGCUUGAUCGACCGUAAGGAGCUGCAUCAAGCCCUACUUGGCUUCGGCUUCUCCCUCCCAUUGGAUAUGGUCCGCAAGCUCGAAAAGCGGUUUGCACCUCCUCCUAAACCUGGUCAUCCACCCAGAAAAGGAAUCAGCUUUGAUCGAUUCUUGAUGGCUUGCGUGACUGUCAAGCACUAUACCGAGGCUUUCCGGAGAACCGACGUAUCUGGUAGUGGGCGCAUUACGUUGGACUACAACCAAUAUAUGGAUAUCAUCCUUGAAUCUCCCAGCUAGAUGACAUUUACGACGAGUUAAGCGAUGCCAAACGACUCUUGUAUCACCUUUUGACGAUUCGUGACUACAGCAUGCAUGAUAUGGCUCAGUG